GGCUGCAGCGACCUGUCUCUUUAAAUUGGUGUCAAAGCCGAUUACCGCUGAUCUCCAUCGUGAUUCUGUUUUCACCGUCUGUUCCCUCAAUCUAUUUCUGUUUUGCGUCGCUGCCGGGACGAUAAGCUUUCUCGUUUUGAUACAUUUUCGCAGAGCCCGGUAACUCCUGCAAACUUUGGAGCAUGCUGAAGUGUUUCCUGCAGGCUCUGCUUUUUCUGGGAAAGCCGACAUUACAGAUCUAAUAGCUGUAAUCUGGCAGUGAACUGCUGAGUGUGAUGUGAGCUGCACCGCGGACUAACUUUUUGUACCAUGGUAAACCUGGAUUACCUUUCCUGCUAACGGAGUUUUGAAGCGCGUUCUACCCACGGCAGUGAGCGCCUAGUGGGGAUGUGAUGUGAUGCCUCGGGUUACUGUUUGAAAGUUGGCACCUAAAAUCAAAAUCAAAAUCCGGGUGGACAUAAAAUGCAGAAGGGCGUGCGGUACAACGAGGGCCACGCUCUGUUUCUGUCUGUGGUUGCCCGUAAAGAGGGCUCAAAGCGCGGCUUCCUGAGCAAGAAGACCACGGAGAACAGCCGCUGGACCGAGAAGUACUUCGCCCUCUACCAGAACGUGCUCUUCUACUUCGAGAACGACCAGAGCUCGAGACCCUCCGGGAUAUACCUGCUGGAGGGAUGCACGUGCGAGCGGGCACCUGCACCCAAAGUCUCCGCCAUCAGCAAGGAGCCGGUGGAGAAACAGCAGCACUACUUCCUGGUGGUUUUUGGCCACGAUGGACAGAAACCUCUGGAGCUGCGGACGGAGGAAGAGUCCGACUGCAACGAGUGGGUGGAGUCUGUGCAGCAGGCCAGUUACUCCGACAUCAUCAUCGAGCGUGAGAUCCUGAUGCAGAAGUACAUCCACCUGGUGCAGAUCAUGGAGACGGAGAAGAUCGCAGCCAAUCAGCUCCGCACUCAGCUGGAGGACCAGGACACGGAGAUCGAGAGGCUCAAAGCUGAGAUUGUUAUGAUGAACAAAACCAAGGAGAGGAUGCUGCCUUACCACAACAACCAAGAGGAGGAAGACCCAGAUAUUAAAAAGAUCAAAAAGGUUCAGAGCUUCAUGCGAGGCUGGCUGUGUCGGAGGAAGUGGAAGAUCAUCGUCCAGGACUACAUCUCCUCCCCUCACGCUGAGAGCAUGAGGAAGAGGAACCAGAUCGUCUUCAACAUGGUGGAGGCAGAGACAGAGUACGUCCACCAGCUCUCCAUCCUCGUCAACUGUUUCCUGCGGCCGCUCCGCAUGGCGGCCAGCUCCAAGAAACCUCCCAUCAACCACGAUAACGUCAGCACCAUCUUCCUAAACAGUGAGACCAUCAUGUUUCUGCACGAGAUCUUCCAUCAAGGUCUGAAUGCUCGGAUCGCCAACUGGCCCACUCUAGUUCUUGCGGACCUGUUUGACAUCUUGCUGCCGAUGCUGAACAUCUACCAGGAGUUUGUGCGUAACCACCAGUACAGCCUGCAGGUUCUGGCUAACUGUAAGCAGAACAGAGACUUCGACAAGCUGCUCAAACAGUACGAGUCCAACGCUGCCUGUGAGGGCCGCAUGCUGGAGACCUUCCUCACCUACCCCAUGUUCCAGAUUCCACGGUACAUCAUCACUCUUCAUGAGCUGCUGGCUCACACACCUCAUGAGCAUGUGGAGCGAAAGAGUCUGGAGUUUGCCAAAUCCAAGCUGGAGGAGCUGUCGAAGAUGAUGCACGAUGAGGUGAGCGACACUGAGAACAUCAGGAAGAAUCUGGCCAUAGAGAGGAUGAUUGUAGAGGGCUGUGACAUCCUUUUAGACACCAGUCAGACUUUUGUCAGACAAGGCUCUCUCAUCCAGCUGCCGUCCAGCAGCGAGCGGGGGAUGCUCAGUAAAGUCCGCCUGGGCUCCCUCUCUCUGAGGAAGGAAGGAGAGCGCCAGUGUUUCCUCUUCACCAAACACUUCCUCAUCUGUACACGAACAUCUGGAGGAAAGCUUCACCUGCUGAAGCAAGGAGGCACGUUGUCUCUGAUAGAGUGCACCCUAAUUGAAGAACUAGAGGCCAAUGACGAGGACUACAAUGCAGCAGGUCAAGGCUUCAACCACCUGGAGUUUAAGGUCGUGGUGGAGCCUCCUGACGGUCAGGCCUUCUCUGUCGUCCUCUUGGCUCCUUCACGCCAAGAAAAGGCCGCCUGGACCAGCGAUAUCAGCCAGUGCAUCGAUAAUAUCCGAUGUAACGGCCUGAUGACCAGCGUCUUUGAGGAGAACUCCAAAGUAUCGGUGCCGCACAUGAUCAAAUCCGAUGCCCGCCUGCAUAAAGACGACAUCGACAUCUGCUUCAGUAAGACCCUGAACUCCUGUAAGGUCCCUCAGAUCCGGUAUGCCAGCGUGGAGCGGCUGCUGGAGCGACUCACUGACCUGCGCUUCCUCUCCAUCGACUUCCUGAACACCUUCCUCCACACCUACAGGAUCUUCACCACGGCGGCCGUCGUCAUCGACAAGCUGGCCGACAUCUACAGGAAGCCGUUCACCUCCAUACCCGUCAGGAUCGAGCGGCUUUCAUGUGACCGUCUGUCCAUCAUGUCCCUCUGUCCUGACUACAGUCUGAAGAUCACACAGCUGGCCCUGGACCAGUCCAAGUCUCUGGAGCUCUUCUUCGCCACCAACCAGGGCUCAUGGGGGACGGACCCUCUGAACAACAAAUCCCCGAGGCUGAUCCGCAAGUUUUCCUCUCCUCCGCCCCUCACCCUCUCCUCCCGCACCUCCUCCCCCGUCCACUGCCGCAAGCUCUCCCUCAAUUGCCCCAUCAGUGGAAAACCAGGAGUCUUGGAUGUGUCCCCCACCUCUUCUGCAGCCAACUCCCCCACCUUCAGUCACUGCCCCUCCAUCUCCUCCCCUCCUCCCAACUCACCCAGGCCUACCUCUGGCUUUUUCUCCUCUCUGCCCACCGCCCCGCGCUCUCCCAGCCUCCCCCAUGCCUCUGGAGUUUCCUCCCCGCCCCCCACCUCCACCAAGGCCCCCGUGGACUUCAGCCGCGGUCCCGGGUCCCCAGAGCCGAGCCCAGCUGCCGGGGAGGACGUCAGCGGAGAGCUGCCUCGCUUAGACGCCUUCUGUGGGAAGCUGAGGCGCAGCAUCCGCAGGGUUGUCCUGGAGUCAGUUUCUAUGGACAAGUUUCUCCCUGAAACACCGGCCAGCAGCGAGCCGGGCGACAUGUCUCCUUGCCGCUCGCCUUCAACACCGAGACACCUCCGCUUCAGACAGUCAGGAGUCACUCCCGGGGAUAACUCACGCUGCCCGUUGUCGCCAGCUUCAGCGUUUGCAAUCGCCACAGCUGCUGCGGGCCAUAGCAGCACCCAGAGUUUUAUUAAUUCUGACAAAGUCUGUGACAAGGAAUUCAUCAUCCGGAGAGCUGCGACCAACAGAGUUCUCAACGUGCUGCGACACUGGAUUUCCAAGCACUCUCAGGACUUUGAAAUGAACAUUGGGCUGAAGAUGGGGGUGAUCAAUCUGCUGGAGGAGGUGCUACGAGACCCUGACCUGCUGCCUCAGGAGAGAAAAGCAACAUCAAACAUUUUAAGUGCACUUUCUCAAGAAGAACAAGAUGAUGCUCAGCUAAAGAUAGAGGACAUAUUACAGAUGGUCAGUAUGAACACCUAUUAGGAGCACAAUGUAUUAAUAUACUUAAUCAUAAGUGCAUUUUAAGCCAUUUUUGAAAUAAUUUAUCUCCAGAAAAGCUGUCCCCUACUACACUUCAUUGUGGUAAGAAUAAUGAUAA